ACCUUCUUCGCUUGAAAUUGCCCUUUCAGCUAUGGAAAUCUCGCUUGAUCGCACUUCGUAAUCCGCACCUGGUGCCUGGACGGGGAUAGAACAAGCAAGAGCUACACUAGAGUCUUUGUUUUCUCUGUUGGGUUGCUUUUCUCUUCUUUUUUUUUUUUCUUUUUUUUUUGCACAGUCUUCUGGGUCGACAAUGAGUGAGAGCCAAAACCAACCCAAGCUGUUGCUGCGCAAGCCCAAGAAAGGAUUGCAUCCUCCUGGGGGUGAGAUGGCCGACUCCGCAACUAGAGUGCCUGUGCAGCAGCCUGCAGUAGCUGUUCCAGCGGUUUCAGCGAAGCUGGCAUCAUAUUAUCGUUACAGGGCAGGCGUUGGAGCUCUGUUGCUUGUUAAUCUCGGUAUUGGAGGUUACGUCUUCUACCAUUCGAGGCCAUUUCUUGAUGAUCAGACUCAUCAUAUAACAGAUAAGCCAGUGUCUGCCGUUCCUGGAGCACCUGUGGCAUCUUCUGUUGCAGAUAAUGCCGCUCAUCCAUGGACACCGCCACCCAAAGUACCCGUCUCUGAGGAUGAACAACGGCAGGUAUUGCAAUGGAUGCUUGAGGAGAUGCGGAAAGUAAACACUCAAAACAAAGCCGAGAAGGCCAGGAUUGAUGAAGACAAAAAGCUGUUGAAACAACUUUUGAGGGAAAGACACCUUCCUUCGCUUCCUUAGAAUUCUAGGAGAAUAUUCUUGGUAAGACUGCAUCCUCCAAUUGGAUGUUCUCUAGAGUUUUGGAAUGAACUGAUACCUUGUGACAUGUUUUUGACUUGGAGGUCAGCAAAGAUGGAAGUUAUAUAAGAAAUCAGGGAAAGUGAAUCAAAAGUGAGUCCAUUAAAAGGAUGAGAUCUUGCAGAAGAGCCAGAUUCAUGUAGAUGGGCUCCUAGAUAGGUCUCUACAGUGAUGCCUUUGUAUUGAAUUCCAAUGUGUAGUCGCAUUUUUGUAAAUAUCACGUUUGGGUUCUGUUUUUAA